UCCAUUCUCUGUCUUCAUAUACUUUCUCUAUCUCUGUCUCUCUCUUCAAUUUGUGCUCGCCUAACCCUAACCAGCUCGACGGUGAAGCUUCUCGCCGGCGAUUCUCUCCGGCCAACGAAGGACGAGCCACCAACGACUGAUAUCUGCAAGGAGAAAGUUUGAAUUGUUACAGCAUAAUAAUUGACACAGUGGAUCAUGGCGGACUUAGAAAAGCUGCUCCUUGAGGCAGCUGGAAGAACCAGUGCAGCUGCGAGGAAUCGGUAUUCACCUCCAUCGUCUAGAAGGCGACGUGAAGGUUCAUAUUCAGAUGAUGGAAGCGACUCUAAAGAUGAUGAUUCAGAUGAUGAUCGUGAUUAUGCAAGCAGGAAGCCCUCUGGAUCUCAAGUUCCUUUGAAGAAGAGACUGGACCCCACAGAAAGAGAUGAUGAUCGGAGCAGCCAGGAAGAUGGUGAUGAAGAUGGAGGUGGUUAUGAUCAUGAGGGUGAUAGUGACAAUGACUCUGUGGGGAGUGAUCUUUACAAGGAUGAUGAUGACCGGCAAAAGCUUGCACAGAUGACAGAGCUUCAAAGAGAGAUGAUAUUGGCGGAGCGCGCGACAAAGAGAACUGACAAAAACAUGCAGAAAAACUUGCAGAAAAAGAUGAGAGAGCAUAAUGACAAGAGAACCCAACCCAGAAAAAGGAGCCCGACUCAUACAUUAUCCCGUGGUGUACGCUCCUCAGCCAGAUCUGCUGACAGGGCAGCUGCCAAGGAUGAUGCACUGAAUGAGUUGCGUGCAAAACGAUUAAAGCAGCAGGAUCUGGAAGCUCACCGGAAACUAAGGGAUGCAUCUAGGGGAGGCUCAGGCAGCCGGGGGUUUUCUCCAGUCAAGCGGAGAGGCUUUGCAGUGGCAAGUGCAAGUAGCUCCAGUCAGAGUGAAAGUGGGUCCCACAGUGAAGAUGAAGGCUCAACAGAGGAUGGUGGAAUGGUUGACAGUGAUGAUGACAAAACCUCGCCUGAGUCAGAUGUGCCAACAUUUGAGGAGAUAAAGGACAUCACUAUUCGAAGGUCAAAACUUGCAAAAUGGUUUAUGGAGCCUUUCUUUGACGAGUUGAUUGUGGGUUGCUUUGUGAGGGUUGGAAUUGGAAAAUCCAGAUCUGGGCCCAUAUAUAGGCUCUGCAUGGUCCGGAAUGUCGAUGCCGCAGACCCUGAUCGACAGUACAAGCUAGACAAUAAAACCACAUACAAGUAUCUGAAUGUUGUUUGGGGCAAUGAAAGUUCUGCUGCAAGGUGGCAGAUGGCUAUGGUUUCAGACUCCGCUCCACUCAGAGAAGAGUUUGACCAAUGGGUCAGGGAGGUGGAGCGUAGUGGUGGUCGGAUGCCAAGCAAACAGGAUGUGUUGGAAAAGAGGGAGGCGAUACAGAAGACCAACACUUUUGUCUACUCAGCUGCCACAGUGAAGCAGAUGUUGCAAGAGAAAAAAUCUGCCACAUGGAGGCCGUUAAAUGUUGCAGCUGAAAAGGAUAGGUUGAGGAAGGAGAUGGAAGUAGCCAAAAGUAAGCAUGACGAGGCAGAAGUGGCAAGGAUCAAGGCAAGACUGCAGGAACUGGAGGCAUCUCGGCAAACACAGGAGAAAGAUAAAAAGGCUUUGAGGCUGUCGGAAAUGAACAGGAGGAACAGGGUGGAAAAUUUCAAAAAUGCAUCAGAAAUGAAACCAGUUAACACAAGUUUGAAAGCUGGCGAGGCUGGGUAUGAUCCUUUCUCAAGGAGAUGGACUAGGUCAAGGAACUACUAUGUUUCGAAGCCAAGUGGAGAAGAUGACACCAUCCCGGCAGAAAAUGGUGAAACUACUAUUGCAUCAGCAGGUGCAGACAGUAAUGGAGCUGCUGGUGGUGUAACAACACACACUGGCAUGGUAGCUACAGCAGCAGCCUUGGAAGCUGCAGCUGGUGCAGGGAAGUUGGUGGAUACAAGUGCUCCUGUAGAUCAAGGAACAGAAUCAAAUAUGCUGCAUGAUUUUGAGCUUCCUAUCUCAUUGGCUGCGCUUCAAAAGUUUGGUGGGCCUCAAGGAGCCGUUGCGGGAUUCAUGGCUAGGAAACAGAGGAUAGAAGCUACGGUUGGAUGCCAAGUCCCCGAGAAUGAUGGGAGGAGACAUGCACUGACUCUGACGGUUAGCGACUACAAAAGACGUAGAGGGCUGCUCUGAAGUAUGAUGCCGACAAGCAGUAAGUUCUUUAGAUAAAAAGUUUUAUUUUUAUUGUCCUGUAUUAGACUGAAUGGAUUGUGCUGGUCUUUUAAGGGUUGGCUGCUUCUUAGUAAAUGUCCAAAAAAUAAUAUUGUCCUUUGACAUUUUAGUUUGUAACUAUUGCUUUGAAGUCGUUAUAAUCUCAUCAACCUGGACUUUGUUAUGUGUGUCUGAAUAUUUUUCGGUUGACAACAAUGAGCAUAUUGUCUGGUUUCCUACUUUGCAAUUAAA